AUGUUCGAGUCCCGCUCGAUUCCUCUCACAGUCGACUUCUACACCAAGACGCUGGGAUUUGAACUUGCGAGCGUCAAACCUGAGGACAAUGGAUCUGAACUAUAUUUCUGCUCUCUGUUUGUUGGCAAGAAGGCGGAUGCGAAUUUCUUUAUCUCGAAGGUGACACCUGAAACAUUCAAGUCAUCACACGCCAUGAUCGGUCUGGGAACUCGCGAGCUCGACGAUUAUUACCUCUAUUUCAAAAGUCAAAUCAGAGUGGAGUGUUCCGAGGACAUCGAAGACAAGCCUUGGGGCUUCCGACAAUUUACAAUCAAGGACCCCGAUGGAAAUUCACUCACGUUUUUCAAAUUCCUGGAAGGGGGAAACCGAGGCAACGAAUAA